CGCCCUGCGGGCUCACGGGCUCAAUCUGCGCAGCGCCUCCUCCAUGUUGAGCAAACCUCUUCAGGGGCUUGCGAUGGCCCCCACACCGCCGCCAGGAGGCAAGGAUCGGGAAGCGUUCGAGGCCAAGUACCGACUUGGCCCCCUGCUGGGAAAGGGGGGCUUUGGCACAGUCUUCGCAGGACAUCGCAUCACGGACCAGCUCCAGGUGGCCAUCAAAGUGAUCCCCAGGAAUCGCGUGCUGGGCCGGUCCACCCUGUCGGAGACAGAGUUGGUCACAUGCCCGCUGGAGGUGGCGCUGCUCUGGAAGGUGGGUGCAGGCGGUGGGCACCCCGGUGUGAUCCGCCUGCUCGACUGGUUUGAGACCCCCGAGGGCUACAUGCUGGUCCUUGAGCGGCCUCUGCCGGCCCAGGAUCUCUUUGACUACAUCACUGAGCAGGGCCCACUGGGCGAAGAACGGAGCCGCUGCCUCUUCACCCAGUUGGUGUCGGCCGUGCGGCACUGCCACACCCGGGGGGUCGUGCAUCGCGACAUCAAGGACGAGAACAUCCUGAUAGACCUCCGCCGAGUGUCUAUCAAACUCAUUGAUUUUGGUUCCGGUGCCCUGCUUCAUGAUGAGCCCUACACUGACUUUGACGGGACAAGGGUGUACAGUCCCCCGGAGUGGAUCUCACACCACCAGUACCAUGCCCUCCCAGCCACCGUCUGGUCCCUGGGCAUCCUCUUCUAUGACAUGGUGUGCGGGGACAUUCCCUUCGAGAGGGACCAGGAGAUUUUGGAUGCUGAGCUCCACUUCCCAGACCAUGUGACCCCAGACUGUUGUGCCCUAAUCCGCCGGUGCCUGGACCCUAAACCUUCUGCUCGACCCUCCUUGGAGGAGAUCCUGGUGGAUCCCUGGAUGCAGACCCCAGAUGAGGAUGCACCCCCUGACACUCCUAAAGGGGGUUCUGCCCCUUUGGCCUGGUCCCUGCUGCCCUAGUUGGGUUGUCCCCUGGCCACCGCCACAGGGAUAGAGGGACAUCCGUUGAUCUGAUUUUACAGGUCAUUACAAAUCCAGUGUUACUAGGGUCAGAAAACAAGCCCAGUCUGCCCAGUCCCCAUCCCAAUCCCGUUAAGGAGCCUCCCUCCCAGAAUCUGUGGUUGCUCAUUCUGGAGGGGGGAGGGGGUACUUCCUAGCUUCUCAUUUGAAGUUAAUUCCAUUCUGAGCCCCUGGAAUCCGUGUUACAACCCUCACACUGGCACUCCUGCCUGCUACACCACAUGAACUUAGUUGAAAUGCUCUAACUUGGGCAGGGUGCUUUUGUUGGAAUACCCAGCAGCUCUUAAUUUUAGCCAAGGGACUGUCUUCUGGCUUAGGUUAAGGUUCCAUGUUCAGUCAAGCUGCUUGCCUACCUCAGCCCAGGGUUGAUUAUUCUGGGGGAGGUGAUGCCCUGUUGUUAUCCCAGGGUUUUCUUCUUCUUCUUCCUUUUUCUUCUUUUUUUUCUUUUGUGAAGGGACCCUACUCUGUUAUUCCAAGUGCUCUUAUUCUGGUGAGGAGAAAACCCUACUUCCAAGAUGAGGGGAGGAAUGGGAGAUGGACACCACAAGUCCACUGAGAUGGGUUGGAUGGUUUUGGGGAGAUAGGGUGGGGAAAUAAGUCUUAUUGUUUGUUCUCCUAGGGCCUCCCCCUCCACCUUUUUUUGGUUUCUUGCUGCCUCCUUCUGAGCCAGGAUUGUCCAGUUGCUGAAAUGUAAAUACUUAUGUAUUAGGAGGAAGAGAGCUCCAACUGUGUCAUCCUCUCUCUUCUCUCCAUGCCUGGAUUAUUUAAAAAGCCAUAUGUGGACACCCACUAUUUAAUAAACGUACUAGAAUCACAA